AGAGAGAGAGAGAGAGAGUGUUUUCUUCACAGCAGCAGCUCCAAACAAACAACAAAAAUCAACAGUGAAAUUUCGAGAAAUUAAGGAAUAAUUUCAAUCAGCUUCAGAUCUCGAAGCUCGAUUCCGUCGAUUAAUUAUUUGCUGAGGAGUUUACUUUUUCUCCAUUUAAUUUUUGUUUGGAAGAAUUUGUUGGUGAAUUGAAUGGAGAGGAGCACGCCGGUGAGGAAGCCUCACACUUCGACGGCAGAUCUGCUCACGUGGUCGGAGAAUCCGCCGGAAAUCUCGCCGGCGCCGCCUUCCGCCGCCCGCUCUCACCAGCCGUCGGAUGGGAUCAGCAAGGUGGUGUUUGGAGGUCAGGUUACUGAUGAAGAAGUUGAGAGCUUGAAUAAGAGGAAGCCGUGUUCCGGUUAUAAGAUGAAGGAAAUGACUGGCAGUGGUAUUUUUAAAGGCAAAGGAGAGAAUGGAUUGUCGGAAACUGAUGAAGCCGAAGAAACUUCAGCCAACAAAACUGGACUGCGUAUGUAUCAGCAAGCAUUGUCGGGAGUCAGUCACAUCUCCUUUGGUGAUGAAGAUACAGUUUCUCCCAAGAAACCAGCCACUCUUCCUGAAGUUGCUAAGCAGCGAGAGCUGAGCGGAAAUCUAGAGAGCGAAUCUGAAGCUAAAUUACAAAAGCAACUGUCGGAUGCCAAGAACAAGGAGCUCAGUGGCAACAACAUCUUUGCUCCUCCUCCUGAAAUCAAAGCCCGCCCCUUGGGUGCUCGAGCCUUGGCAUUACGAGAGAGCAUAACAAUUGGAGAACAUGCUUCUAACAAUGGUGCUGGCAAUGGUGUUUCGACCGGGGAGCCUCUGAAAACAGCAAAGAAGAUACCUGACCAGAAAUUCUCAGAGCUCUCGGGCAACAACAUCUUCAAAGGGGACGGGGCAGCUGCAUCGGCCGAGAAGCCACUUAGCUCGGCAAAGCUGCGGGAGAUGAGCGGGAGCAACAUCUUCUCUGACGGGAAAGUGGAGUCCCGCGACUAUUUUGGAGGCGUGCGCAAGCCACCCGGCGGGGAAAGCAGCAUUGCCCUGGUGUAACUUGUUAGGUCCUAACCUCAAUUGUUUUCUCUCCACCUGUUAAUUUGCAUCUUGAUUAUCUUAUUUAAAUGGGGGAUUGUGCUCUGCUCUUGAUUUUCUACUUGUGUUGUGGGUUUUGGUUUGUCUUAGGUUUGAUUAACAUGUUCUAGACGUUUUUUCGUACAAAAAAAAAAAGCAGUUGGCUAAUUGAGUUGUUUAUGUCAA